GCUGUCGAGCGGCAGCGGAGGAGCAGGACUGAGGGCCACGCUAUGCAGGAACAAACACGCUCUGGAAUUCCAUUUCUGCCCUCGCAAGCAGCUGCUUUCCGCCCCAUGGGGUGAGCGAGCGAUCGCUCGGCACAGAGGACGAGCUCGGUUCACAGAAAGAAGGCUGAGAGAGGCAUGCGAGCGCCGGCACCGCAGCCUCCAGGAAACCCUCUGCUAAAGCACGCAGACCCCGCAAGUCUGCACGGACCACACUUUGCCAUCAUGAUCUACAGCCAAGAGUAAGUCAGAAAGGUCUACAACAGCUUCAACAAAUCGAGGGGGGAAAUGGAACUAAGCAAGCUCUGCGAUGAUCUCUUCUACCACAAAUGAUACGAGUUUCGACUUCUGAAGAUCGGGUAUGUGAUUACAAAUCGCAGCGGGAAAGGGAAGAGUGACCUCCUAGGGCUCACUGCUGGAGACGUACUCCCUGCUACAGGGCUUGUGCUGCUUCUCUGGAACUUUGCAGAGCUGCACAUAGUUCUAGCACGUCUGCAAGUUCUCCUGCGAUCUUUAAAAGGAGUUGCAAUAAAGACACCGAGAGAAAUCUCCAAACCAAGGGAAUUUAAAAUAUACCACUAUAAUGGUAAGCUCUAACUGUUCCACUGAGGACUCCUUUAAGUACACUUUAUAUGGGUGUAUCUUCAGCAUGGUGUUUGUUCUCGGCCUCAUAGCAAACUGCGUUGCUAUCUACAUUUUCACUUGUACGUUAAAAGUGAGAAACGAGACCACAACUUACAUGCUUAACUUAGCAAUAUCGGACCUGCUUUUCGUGUUUACCUUACCCUUCAGGAUUUAUUACUUUGUAGCCAGAAACUGGCCCUUUGGAGACAUUCUUUGCAAGAUUUCUGUCACCCUCUUCUAUACAAAUAUGUACGGGAGCAUUUUAUUCCUGACUUGCAUCAGCGUCGAUCGCUUUCUAGCAAUCGUGCACCCCUUCCGAUCCAAGACGCUGCGAACUAAACGGAAGGCAAAGAUGGUCUGCGCCGCGGUGUGGGUAACUGUGCUGGCAGGCAGCACACCAGCCAGCUUCUUCCAGUCCACAAACCGCCGGAACAACACUGGGCAAAGAACGUGUUUUGAAAACUUCUCAGAGGACACGUGGAAAACCUACCUAUCCCGGAUUGUCAUCUUCAUUGAAAUCGUUGGGUUUUUCAUCCCGCUCAUCUUGAACGUGACCUGCUCCACCAUGGUCCUUCGGACUCUGAAUAAACCGCUUACGUUAAGUCGGAAUAAAGUGAGCAAGAAAAAGGUACUCAAAAUGAUUUUUGUCCAUCUGGUGAUAUUCUGCUUCUGCUUUGUGCCUUACAACAUUACCUUAAUACUUUACUCCCUGAUGAGAACACAGACCUGGAUUAACUGCUCGGUGGUAACUGCAGUCAGGACUAUGUACCCCAUCACCCUGUGCAUCGCUGUUUCGAAUUGCUGCUUUGACCCCAUAGUCUAUUAUUUCACAUCAGAUACAAUUCAAAACUCAAUAAAAAAGAACCGCUCCACCAGAGCGCGGGACAUCACAUUUUCUGAAAGGCCAGUUUCAGAAAGCUUCUUUCAACACAGCCUUCAGACUAUAAAAAUGAAAAUACUUGAUGGUGACUCUACAAUAUGAGCUGCAUCGAAAGACUACUGGGACUGAACACAAACUUGAAGCCUGCACAUUUUCUAAGUUGUGGAAAUGUAUUCUGAUAUGUAAAUGUUACACUUCCUUCACAUCAUAAAAGUUUAUGAUAAGAGUGUAAAAGUGUUAAGCCUAAUACUGCACAGAAAAAGUAUUGAGGUAAAAAUUUGUGUUAAAUACCUGUUCUGACAGGUUGUGUGUUAAAAAUGACCUCUUGGUUUUGGAUUAGGUUAACCAAAGUCCAACAAUUGUCUGUUGAGUCACUUGCAAAAGUAGGUGGGUUUGGCUUCUAAAGUUAAAACAGUUGCUCAUUUUUAAUUAUAUUGGGUUUCCAAGAUGGAAAAUGAGGAAGAGGGUAAAGCUAUCUUGUUUACACUGCAGGAUCCAGUAGCUGAGGAAAAGAGCACCAUACUGAUCAUACCACUUCAGCUACUGUGCCUACUCUGGACUUUUUCUCUGCUUUAUUCCUCCUCCCUCCUCCUUUGUGCACCUUCCUUCUUAGGGACCAUUAUGUUUGCAGGAGGCUUUGAUCAACGGGCUACAAGAACUUUGUUUCUCUCAGGUGAAUCUGAUAAAAUAUAUGCUCUCUCCACAAGCCUGGCCCCCAUAAAGCAAUUAAAUCUUCUGGUAGUUUAGGGCACCUGGAAACAACUCAAACUGGUUUUUCUUCUCACCUCUGUCUCAUAUGUCUCUGUAAUUAAAACAAAAUAACUUCUGAUGACUGAAGUGAGAGCUUUAGGUACAGUACCGUUUGAUUAAAUUCUUUUGUGAGAUGUUCUUCAACACAACAUGACUUCGGAGAAAAAAAGAACAUCCUUCAAAUAAGGUAAUUCAAGCUCAAAGUAAUAGUUUCUUAGAAAAACAUGACUUUUGCUAAUGAGAAAUGAGCAUGUGCAUCAACUCAGAUAGUUCUUCAAGGAAACAAUUUGGUGUCCCAUAAAAAAAAAAACACAAGACAGUAACUUUCAGAGCGAAGCCUCCUCUCUACUUUUGUGUCCUAUAAAUGUGAGCAUUUAAAUUUUCAAAUGUCUAUUUUCUUGCAAACUUUAAAAAUAAAAUACUUGGGGCUACACAGUGGGAAAAUUCAUGAGGACAGUUUGAAAAGUCAGAGCCACGUGAAAGGAGAAAUCUAUGUGUAUUACUGUUACAAACAGGAGUAUGUAGAUAAAAGUGCUUUCAAACACCCUGCCACAUAUGGUUGCCUAGCUACAACAGCAUUGUAUACAUUUCCCUCAAAAUUAAUUUAACAUUACUGUAUAAUUAAAUAAAUAUUUUUAAAGGUAAAA